AAAAGCCUUAUGAAUGUCACUAAAUAAACGUAUUUCACCAUCAUGUGAUAAAUAGCUAAUGACAGUUUCGUUUUGUUAAUUCUGUUUUAUAAAACAUUUUUGACAGAUGCAAAGCUGACUGUAGCAGCGAGUGUCCCCCGUGCCAGAGACCAUGUACUUUGCGUUGUGUACAUAGCCGCUGUACCAGCAGGUGUGGAGAGCCCUGCAGACCAUGUCAGGAAAAGUGUGUGAGGAAGUGCAAACACCGGAAGUGCAAGAAUCUUUGUGGUGAGAAAUGUUCAGUGAGCCCAUGCCAGGAAAAUUGUCCUGAGAAGCUAGGAUGCGGUCACCCUUGUGUUGGGUUCUGCGGGGAGCCUUGUCCACCACUGUGCCGUACCUGCAACACUGAACAACUUACUGAGAUUUUGUUUGGCUCUGAAGAAGAUGAAAAUGCAAGAUAUUGAAAUGGAUUCAGAGUUUACCAUGGAAUUGAAGAUGUUAGAAACGUCUGUUAUUCAAAACUUUAGGCACCUUUGUGAUUCUGAACUAAAUCUCCUUCAAUUCCAAGUUCAGGUCCUAAAAAAAGCAAACUCAGUGCUUAAACAAGAUAAUGAAUAUUCAAGAUAUAUACUGGAAAAAGUCAGAUUUGUUGUGCAUCAAGUCUUCAGGCAGCAAUUCCGCAUUUCAUCACAAAGAGUGGAAGAAGUUACUUGUGAACUUCAGCGCCUCUCAGUUUUGCCCGCCUUCUGGAAGCUGACUGAGAAAUAUGCUGGGUGUCGAAAUGUGGCCUUAAUGAAUAUAUACAGAGAAUUAUCAGGGCUGCUGAGUACGACAGUUAAGUUUGACAAAAAAAGAGAAAGUAGAGCAAGAAACCUCUUGAAAGAGAGUCAAAAAUUCGUUGGUGGACUUGGAAUCAGCAAUGAAGAGAGAUUGGAGAUACUCAGUGCUAUGGGGUUCAAGCAAGGCCAUUGGUACAAGUGUCCGAAUGGUCACAUAUAUUGCAUAUCUGAAUGUGGAGGAGCUAUGGUACAGAGUAAAUGUCCUGAAUGUGAUGCAACCAUUGGCGGUGAAAGGCAUCAACUUAGAGGUGACAAUGCCGUUGCUUCAGAAAUGGAUGGUGCCCUUUACAGUGCAUGGUCAGAACAAAAUAACAUGGCAAAUUAUGAUGUUGCUGACUUUGUCUAGUUUCUAGGAUGACUUACAUAAAUUUGUACUUUUAAUAUAAAUGAUUUGCUCUGAGGUAUAUUAUAUUUUAUGAUUUGGUGUUGUUUUCAGAUAAUGUAGCUAAACAGUUGUGAAUGUUCUGUGUGGUAAUGAGACGUGAUAAUGGCUAUGGUAGAUUUAUAAUACAAUACCUGCGAUGUUACUAUGUGUCGGUCUCUCUGUUGUAAUCUUUUCUAAGUGUAUAACAAAUGAAUAGUAUGAAACCUG